AUGUCGGACGAAAUGAGCACGGAGAUCAUCACACUCACCCGUCAUGUGCUAACUUCUCAAGCCAGAACUCCCCAGGCCAGUGGUGACCUGACCAUCUUACUCACCGCAAUCCAAACAACCUGCAAGUUCAUUGCAACCAACGUCCGUCGGGCCCGGCUUCUUAACCUGAUCGGCGCUGCUGGGAUGACAAAUGUCCAAGGGGAAGAACAGAAAAAAUUAGACGUGCUCUCCAAUGACAUCAUGAUCAAUUCCCUCAGGGCGUGCGGAAAAGUUGCGUUAAUGGUUUCAGAGGAAAACGAUGAGCUAAUAAUGGUAGAGGAUCCUAGACAAAAGGGGAAAUAUUGCGUCGUUUUUGAUCCUCUUGACGGAAGUUCCAAUAUCGAUGCAGGUGUGAACAUCGGAACGAUCUUUGGGAUCUAUCGCGUGCCGGAGGGGGAGGAGGCGAGCAUUAAGCAUGUCCUCAAACCUGGCAAAGAGAUGGUUGCCGCUGGAUAUUGCAUGUACGGAUCGAGUGCCAAUCUGGUGAUUUCGACCGGCCAAGGCGUCAAUGGAUACACCCUUGACAAUGGUAUUGGCGAAUUCAUCUUGACUCAUCCGGAUAUCAAGGUGCCCAAGCGAGGAAAGAUCUAUUCAUUCAACGAGGGUAACACGAUGUUCUUCCACGAAUCGGUCGUCAAAUACUUGGAAAGUAUCAAGUUCCCCGCCAAUGGGAAACCCUAUUCAGCCAGAUACAUCGGCAGCAUGGUUGCUGAUGUCCAUCGAACCCUCUUGUACGGUGGAAUCUUUGGUUAUCCGGCUGACAAAAAAUCAACAAGUGGGAAAUUAAGGAUCCUCUACGAAGGUUUCCCCAUGGCAUUUUUAACUGAACAGGCUGGCGGCACCGCAACCACGGGCACCGAGCGAGUCCUCGACGUCAUCCCCACCGACAUCCAUCAAAGGAUCCCGAUCUUUUUGGGAAGCACAGAUGACGUCGAGGAUUGUAAAUCAUUUUUCAAGUAA